CAAAAAACAAAAUCCAUCGUAAAACUCAUCUUUCCUCUUCAGGCUCUCGUCGUCUCUGUAAGAGAGAGCAACUAAUUUUCACUCAAAAACGUAUAUAUCCACGUAUUAUUCUCUGCACGUUAAAAAACGUAUAAUCUAUAUAUAUAUAUAUAUUGAGAGAGAGAGAGAGAGAGAGAGAGAGAGAGAGACCUAUUUUUCGAAUUAGGGUUUUGAAAUGUGGAGGGAUAAUGGGAGAUUGUGAAGAAAAAGGUAUCUCCUUCAUGAAAGCUGAGGAAUCUCCUUCUUCCAACGUCAAUGCUGUCCAAACCGUAUAUGGAAAUUUUCAGAAUUUAAAGCUAGAUGACACCGAGAAUCCUGAAGUGAACCUAGAUGACACCGAGAAUCCUGAAGUGGACCUAGAUGACACGGAGAAUCCUGAAGUAGACCUAGAUGACACGGAGAAUCCUGAAGUAGACCUAGAUGACACCGAGAAUCCUGAACUCGACCCCGCUCCAAAGGAGGAGUGGAACAGCGGCGGAAGAUCUCACCAUCAUCCCUUAAGACCUGGCGAGCCGGACUGCAGCUUUUAUCUGCGGAUGGGGAUGUGCCGAUUCGGAUCCAACUGCAGAUUCAAUCACCCGCCCAGAAGGAAAAACAAGGUUGGUAAGGACAAGGAAAAUGAAAAGGAAAAUGAAAAUGAAAAGGCAGGGCAGCUAGAGUGCAAGUAUUACCUAAAAACAGGUGGUUGUAAGUUUGGAAAAUCAUGUAGAUACAAUCACCCUCAAGAGAAAGCUGUGGAAGGAGAACUACUGGAGUUGAACUUUUUGGGCCUGCCAAUUCGACCGGGAGAGAGAGAGUGCCCAUUUUACAUGCGGACAGGUUCGUGCAAAUUCGCAGCCAACUGCAGGUUUCAUCAUCCUGAUCCUACGGCCGUUGGAGGGUGUGAUCUUCUUUCAGGAUACCAUAAUGACAGAACGCUUCCAUUACAUACAUCAGCAGCAUUACAAGCACCUAUGACUUCAUGGUCUUUGCAGAGAGCCUCAAAUGAGUCGGUUCCUUAUAUGGAUGCUUCUCCACCUUAUGUACCAAUGAUGCCUUUACCUCCUGGGGUCCAUCCCAAUCCAGAAUGGAAUGGAUAUCAGGUUCCAGUAAUAAGCACAGUGUUUCCACCCAAAAGGAAUGUACAGCCACCAUCUGCUUCAGUUGUGAAUGACCUGAUAAAGGAAGCAGAUAACUCUACUCAUCAACAGAAAACAACGGUCGAUGAAUUCCCUGAGAGACCUGGACAACCUGAUUGUCAGUAUUUUAUGAGAAAUGGGGACUGCAAGUUUAGAUCAGCAUGUAGGUAUCACCAUCCUAAGACCCGGGCCUCAAAAUCAUCUGUAUGCGAUCUCAGUCCUAUGGGCCUUCCUUUGAGACCUGAUCAGGUGAUCUGUACAUAUUAUAGCCGCUAUGGUAUUUGCAAAUUCGGUCCUGCCUGUAAAUUUGAUCAUCCAAUAAAUAAGGGCUAUUCAGAUUCUCCAACUUCUCCAGUGGUGACUGCACCAGCUUCACCUCCUUCGUAUGAGCCUUUGAUGUCUAAAUUGGACAGGGUACCUGACUGUGGAAACAGUAGCGAUGAUCUAUCUUAGGCAGCUGCCUAUGUAAAGAUUUUCAUGUUCACAUGUCUAUCAACCAAUUCAAAACCAUGCCACAAGUUGUAGUCUCUCUCUAUUAAUGUUAUAGGUGAACAGUGUAAAUGCAUGGUUGGGAUAUUGCUAAUGUCUCCCCUUUCCAUGGUUCUAAGAAAGGAAUUUUGAGUUAUUUUACUCAA